AAUAGCCGCCAUCUUUGCUGUUUCCUGUUUGUGGUCGUUUCCUGAUUAUCCGAAGUGUCGCCAAACGAUAAUAAUCCUGCAUAAAAUUAAGAGAUAAAAAUCAUUGCACCAAAUGCGUUAACCAUAAAUUUAUCACACUCUAGCGCUUGCCUAAAUAGUAAAAGAUAGAAUCUUGCAAACUACGAAGUGGGUGUGAGCACAAGAACACCAGAUUUUCGCAGACAUGCCGGUCAGAAAACAAGAUGCCCACAGGGCUUUAGAAUUGUUAGAGGACUACCAUUCGAGGCUUAGCCUACCACAGGACACUCAGCUCAAGGUUGCCAUAGAGAAAGUCAUAAGAAUUUUCAAAAGUCGCCUAUUUCAGGCACUUCUUGACAUACAAGAAUUCUAUGAGUAUACAUUGUUAGAUGACACAAAAUCUACACAACAGAAGACAUUGGAGACCUUACAGAUAGCUAACAAGUGGGAGAGAGAACCACCUAUCACUAAUGCUCAUCCUAAACUUGAGAAAACAGCUUCACCUCCUGAUGAAGAGUUACCUCCCCCUCCACCAGAGUUACGAGAUAAACAGGUUGAUCAAAAGACGAAUGCAUUAGCUUCUGUGUCCCCUGUCAAACCACCAGUUGUUACCACAUACCAUGAAGAUGAUAUUGAUGGCAGUCUUCCACCACCGCCUCAAGGUUCAGAUGCUGGUGAUUCAGAAUAUUUGCAGCUUAUUAAAGGAAUAUGCCGCUUGUCAAAAAUGAAUGGUGAAGGAGAUUGGGAAUAUGAAGAGAUACCAUUAGAAAGGGGAAAUACUGGUCUUGGAUUUAGCAUUGCUGGAGGGGCAGACAACCCACACAUUGGGGAUGAUCCAAGCAUAUUUAUUACCAAGAUCAUACCAGGUGGUGCUGCAGCUGCUGAUGGGAGGCUUAAAAUGAAUGAUGUUAUAGUGAAAGUAAAUGACACAGAUGUAUCUAGUGCUACACAUUCAGAAGCUGUUGAUGCUUUAAAACAAGCUGGAACUAGAGUAGUUCUGUAUGUAAAGAGAUUGAGAGCACCUGCUGAAAAUAUCAUUGAACUAGAAUUAGUCAAAGGAAAUAAAGGUCUUGGUUUUAGUAUUGCUGGUGGAAUUGGUAAUCAGCACAUCCCUGGUGACAAUGGAAUUUUUGUAACAAAGAUUAUUGAAGGUGGAGCUGCUGAACAAGAUGGCCGUCUGACAACUGGUGACAGACUCAUAGCUGUAAAUAAUUCAAACUUAGACAAUGUCACACAUGAAGAUGCAGUGGCAGCAUUGAAGGCAACAGCUGAAGUUGUACGAUUAACAGUAGCCAAGCCAUCUUAUCAGCCUGAGCCUACAGAAGAACAAUCUCCACCCACACCAAGGAAAGAUAACAUUGCUGUAGUUGCUCCAACAUCAAGUCCUGAUAACAGGACUGCCUCACAUUCACCUCCUACACCUCCUGGUAAACCAAAUACACACAGUUACGAGGACCUUCCAAGGGAGCCUAGAAGAGUAAAAUUAAAGAAAGGAUCAACAGGUCUAGGUUUUAAUAUAGUAGGAGGAGAGAAUGGGGAGGGAAUAUUUAUAUCAUUUAUACUGGCUGGUGGACCUGCAGAUCUGUGUGGAGAACUCCGUAGAGGUGACCAGAUUCUUACAGUUAAUGGUGAAAACAUAAGUAUGUGUACACAUGAAGAGGCAGCAGGUAUAUUAAAAGCUGCAGGAGACACUGUGGUGUUAGAAAUACAAUACAGACCAGAGGAAUAUAACAGAUUUGAAGCUAAGAUACAAGAUUUACGGGAACAGAUGAUGAACACAAGUACUGGUAGCUUACGAACAACUCAAAAAAGAACACUGUUUGUCAGGGCAUUAUUUGAUUAUGACCCAUCAAAAGACAGUGGUUUACCAAGUAAAGGUUUAGAAUUUCACUAUGGAGAUAUUUUACAUGUGACAAAUGCCAGUGAUGAUGAAUGGUGGCAGGCUAAACGAGUGAUGCCUGAUGGUGAGGAAGAAGGGAUUGGUAUUAUUCCCAGUAAACGAAGGGUAGACAGAAAAGAACGAGCUAGAUUAAAAAAUGUAAAAUUUACUGGUAGAACAACUUCAAAUGUAGAUAAACAACAGAAUUUAUCCGCUAAUGAUAAAAAGAAGAAGAAUUUUUCCUUCUCCAAGCGGUUUCCAUUCAUGAAGAGCAAAGAUCAGAGUGGUAGUGAAGACAUAAGUGCUGAUGAACGAAUGGGUGAAAAUGAGACAAAUGGGAGAGGAGAGGAACCAAUAUUAUCAUAUGAAGCUGUUGUCCAACAGGAAUUAAAAUACACACGACCUGUGAUUAUACUUGGUCCAUUGAAAGACAGAAUAAAUGAUGAUUUGAUAUCAGAAUUCCCUGAUAAAUUUGGCAGCUGUGUUCCACAUACGACACGAUCAAGGCGUGAUUAUGAGGAAGAUAGUCGCGAUUAUCAUUUUGUAGAAUCCAGAGAACAAAUGGAAAGGGAUAUUCAGAAUCAUUUAUUUAUAGAAGCUGGCCAAUACAAUGAUAAUUUGUAUGGUACAAGUGUAGCAUCAGUUAAAGAAGUAGCUGAAAAGGGAAAACAUUGUAUAUUAGAUGUGAGUGGCAACGCAAUCAAGAGAUUACAAGUUGCUGGACUAUACCCAGUAGCAAUCCUUAUCAAACCAAAGUCUGUAGACUCAAUAAUGGAUAUGAAUAAGAGGAUUACAGAGGACCAAGCUAAAAUGACUUUUGAGAGAACAAUGAAAUUAGAACAUGAAUUUGGGGAGUAUUUUACUGCUGUUGUACAGGGAGAUACAGCUGUUGAAAUCUACACAAAGGUCAAGGAAGUCAUACGAGACCAGUCAGGGCCAACAAUUUGGGUUCCAGCUAAGGACAAGUUAUGAAACUAAAUAAGACCUACAUUGGCUUAUUAUUACUAAAGACCCAAGGAUUGUUGUAUGAAUGGUUGUAAACUGAUUGACACAAACUGCCACAUAGUUUGUAGUUGGAAAAUUGUGAUAAAUUUUAGUUUUUACAAUUGACCAAUCAGUAGUUUUCUUAUUUCCUGAUUGUUCCAAGAACAAUUAAAGACAUUUUUGAUUGGUUUUAAGCAAAUGACUGGAAUAAAAUGAUUGGUGUUAAACAUCAUGUAGUUCCUCUAAGGUUCUUACUAUUUGGGGAAAUGCCUGAACUCUCUAAGCUUUUAGCAUCUUUUUGACUCAUUUAGAAUUCAGCUCAUGAAUUCAAAUCUUUAAGAUGUUGAAACUAACAUUCUUGCAAGAAAAAUGACAUCUUACUUGGAAAUUAUUAGAAAUAGAUUUAUUGACUAACAUUUUUUGUGGCAUUAAAGUAUAUAACUUAGGGUAUGCAUGAUAUUUGCAGAAGACAUCUGUUCAAUGCUCUUACUUCACACUUUAGAGCUAUCCUUUCAUUGAUAUUAUCAAUAAAACCAUGAAAAAUCCUUAAUUUGAAUUGAUCCAAUUGAAUGACAUAGAAUGAGACUCAGUAAUGAAUUGAUUUUUUAUAUAAAGUAUUGACAAACUUAUAAUUUUAUGCUAGAUUUAAAAAUUUUGAAACUCAAUUCUGAUUGAAAAGGGAUGAGUUUAAGUUCUUACAUUUGAGCCUUUUUUACUUGUGUAAAAACUAUGUGAGAAAAGUAAUUUUUUGCUUCAUGUUCUUGGCAGCUUUUUUGUCGACAAUCACAUGAAAUGUCCCAAAAGAUGCAUAUAAACAAGAUGUUUUGUCCGUCCAAACCUUCUUACAUUUAAGAAUCUCUAAAAGUUUGUUGUUCCUAUCUGUCACAUCAAUCGUAGACCAUUAAAUUGUUCAUUAUUUUAGUAACAAAGUUAACCAAAAAGCUAAUGGUUAAUCUACAAAAGAAAGUAAUAAAGUUCUAUGAUAAAUGUAUCAAAAUAACUUAAUUUGUCUCUUUUCGUGGAGAGGGGAUUAUGCAAAGGAAGAUAACAUAAGUAAAUAGCACUUAAUUUCUCAUUGAAAUCAAAAUGAUCUUUAUCUUGCACUAUGACAUGUAAAGAAGAAUUAUUUUGGUGGCACCCCUUCCUCUAAUUAAAAAUUUCAAUUAUCUAUCCAUACUUAAAUACUUGAAUGGAAUUGUUCCAGCAAUAUCAUGUGUACCCUUAUUAAUUGUCAGUUGUAGAUUUUCUGGAAAACUAUUCCAUAAAUUAUUUGUAGUUUUUAGCAUGUAAAAUGACACAAUUUGGGGAAUUUUAAAUUGUGAUUUUUUUGUACAAAUGUAUAAUAUUUUGUUUCAAUAGUUAUUUUAGCUGUAAAUUUUAUCUUUUUAUUGAUUUUAAGGUGUAAUUUUACAUUAUAAUGAAAUAAUUUACCUCCAAAUUGCCAUUUAUACAAGUAAAGAGAAGGUUCUAUUUACAUGUUUAUCAUGAUAAUCCUUAGUGUUGGGAAAUAUCUAAAACAUUAUUAUGCUACAGGUAUUACUUAAGAAACUAAGAAGACUGAAAUUGUAUUAAAAAAACACAUAAUUAACUUCAAGAAUUACUUCCUAAAGUAAUGAAGCAAAACAUAUCUUUAUAAGGCUUUAACUAGCAUAAAUUUCUUUGCUUUUUACUGGAUGGCUUUCAAUAUUUUUGUUAGAAAAAGGUAAUCUUUUCAGCAGCUUGUUAUUUAUACCAAAUACUUGGGAAAUCAUGAUAUUUUAUAUGUAUUUUAAGGUUUAAUUCCAUUUGUAUUAUAUUACAAAUUCUAUUUAUAGUUCCAUUCUGUUUCUGUAUCUUGUUCACACAUUUUCUUUUCUUCUCACCUGGUUCUCUCUUUUACCUAUAUUUUUAAUCCUCAGGUACACUCAAGUUUGUUAAACAUUUUUUAAAAUGAACUUCCAUCUUCUGUGUACAUUAGUGUGCAUACAUUAGAAUGUUCAUGUCUUGUGUGCAUAUAGUGAUUUUCUAUCAUGUUUAGUGUGCAUGAAUUGAAUUUUUAAAGAAUAUGUAGAAUUUUGUAUGUUGAUAUUCAUUGCUUUUUUUUCAUAUAUUUAUGUGACUUUUACACCAUAUUUUAACACCUUAUAAAGAACUUAUGAUUUAUCAAACUUUUCACCAUAAAUUUGGAAUGUCAAUAUUUUAUAAUCUAGUGUGUAAAAAUUUAUAAUUGGUAUUUGAGUACAUCAUAUCAUGAAUACUCAGAUAUAUAAGAAUGCAUAAUGUUUAUAUAAAGUAGUCAAGAAACAAUAUAGCACCUGGCAAAUGGAAUAAAAUAGUUCAGAAAUUUAAACUAGAAUAUAUUAUAUUCUUUAUUGACAAGAACUCUAAUAAUUUAAAAAAGAUAUUUGCUGAUUAUUACUUGAAAAACAAAAAACAUUGAAAGAAUUUUUUCAAUAGUAUUAACAUUGUAUAUCGAUUUACCAGUACUAGAAAGUUUCUCACUGUAAAAAAAAAAACAGAAAAAUUUCAUGACGAUCAAAAUAAAUAUUUAUCUCAGCUAUUUAAUAUGCUUUUCAUUAAUAAGAUGAUUUCUUUUGAUUUGAAGAAGGCUUCUAGUUGCUGUGUAGUGUGUUAUAUGCAACAAUUUAUAUUUCUAGCUUUUCAUUUGUAUCACCAUGUGAGUCUUCCUUCUUCACCAACACAUUAUAGAGAAAGAUUUCAGAAAAUUCCCAUGUGUGUGUUAGUUUUAAAGAGAUACGUCUAGUUUGGAAAUAUAUUAGAGCUAUAAUACUUUAAACAACUUUUAUUGCAGUAUUUUCACAAAAAUAUGUUUAGUUUAAAUGAAUUUGUUAGAUUACUCCAUCAUGUGAUAUCAAAUGUAAAUUCACUACGAUUCUCCAUGUUAAAUUAACAUGCACACUCGCCCAUAGUUGUAAAUUCAUAGACUGAACCUAGUCCAUAUCAUAUUUCACUGUUCAUAAUUUAUAUCAUAAGUCAUUUAUCAAAUUUUAGAGGAAGCAAAUGUUUGGUAGGAAUGUAAUGUGUGAUUAAGAAUAAGUAUGGUUAAUGGAUAGGUAGACAUUUUUUAUCUAACCAGUCAUUAAAAGUUAACUUAAAUCUAUAAAAGCUUUAAAUUCAAUACUCAGAUACAUGUUUUUGUCUCCUUCUGAUUUUUUUCUUUUGCAAAGGAAAUGGAGUAAUAUGAUUAAGUUGACAUGAUAUUUCUCAAUAUUCUUUCUCUCUCACCUUUAAACUUAACAAAAACAAUGUAUUAGUAGUAUUGAAGAUCUGAAUUGCUUGCAGUAUUAUAUGGACAUGUUCUUUUGUGCUUUAGUACAGUUACUUUAUCUUGUUUUAAUGCCACCUAUUAUACAACCAUUGACAGUCAAUAAAAUAAAGUGCAAUACAUAACAGCAAUGAAGCUUGCAUCCACUAUAAAAGUUAAUAAUUUUAAAAGUAUACAGGAAUUGGAAAUUUAACCCAGUGAAUAUUUAAAAAAAAAAAUUAUUUAUUUAAUUGGUGACAAUAUAAAUUAAGAAUAUUACUUGUAAUUAAAUUGAUUUUGUAUGUAAUUGGCAUUGUGAGACUUUAUAGAUUUUUCCUGUUACAGAAAUGUUUCUGUAGUAUGGAAGUAUGGUGAUAGCAAAGAUAAUAUAUAAACAUUAUAUCACACUAAUCAUUCUUUCUUAAGAACAGUAUAAAAAAUUAUCAAACAA